AUGUCAGACAAUCCUUUUAAAUGGCACAAUAUCGAGUGGGAGAACCUAAGUCACGCCUCAAAGCUACUGCUCUGUGGCUGCAUUCACGAAUACGGCAUCUCGGGCACAGGAAUAAAUUCCCAACAAUUCGCCAUCCUCUUCAACAUCUUCAUGGAAGACCUCCCUCGAUACGUACGCGCCGAACCCGACUUAAUUGACAAAGCCAUCGAUUCCCCCGAAUUCCAAGAAAUGCGUGUGUGGGACACAAACGGCACGGGCCCCAUCCCCUCCUCCAUUCACAAAGCCCACAAAACAGAAUGUCCUCAACUGAUAUGGGACACCACCACCCGCUCCGCAGCAUUCAAGAACAAGACCCCCAUCAUCGUCAAAUGGGAAACUCUAUCCGAGGACUGGAAGCUCCGAAUCUGCGUUUACAACGUGUACCAUCGGCUCGACAUGGUACAAGCCGUCAUUCUCAUGGACUGUGUGAAAGGGAGGCAGGGGCGUGCUGUGCGGCUGGAAGAUGGGUUCGCUGAGAAGGUGAGGGCGUCGAGGCAGUGGAUGGAAGUGAGGGACGGCAUUGUACCUCUGGCGGGGGUGUGGAAGAUCCAUCGAAGGGGUGAUAAUGCUGUAGCAAGCCUUUGUAGGCGGUAUCCUGAGAUCAAGUUCAUGAGCCGCAAUAACCGGCACAAUUCAUAG